GCCAUGGCCUCUCUGCUGGCUAAGGAUGCCUAUCUUCAGGACUUGGCCAAGAAGAUCUGCGCGCAGCCUGGCCCUGAGCGGCAGAAGAGCAAGUGGGGUGUCAGAACCAAAGGCUCAGAAGCUGCCGAGCCCCUGAAAAAGAAAAGGAAGAAAACACAAAAGAAAUCUCAGGAGCAAAAAGCUACUGAGAAGAAGACUAAAGCCCUGGAGAAGAAGUCUCCCACCUCUUCUAGGGCCAAGAAACCAACGGAAUCCAAACAGGAGAACUCCAGUUCCCCAGAGUCUCCUAAAGAAAGCCAAGGCAUGGCGCCUGAUUCUGUCUUUGCACUGGAUUUCCUGCGGCAGCGGCUACAGGAGAAGAUCCAGCUGGCCCGGGGCCAGGGCAGCACCAAGGGUUUGUCUGCUGCCACUUUAGAGAAAAGACAGCGUAGAAAGCAGGAGAGGGAGCGGAAGAAGAGGAAGCGGAAGGAGCUUCGAGCAAAGGAAAAGGCGGGAAAGGCUGAGAAAAAGGAGGAACCAGCCAAGGAGCCCCCAGAAGUGGCCUGCAAGGAGCUGCAGCAGCAGGGGCUGAUCUUUAAUAAGGUGGAAGUGACUGAAGAGGAGCCAGCCAGCAAGGUGCAGCGCAGGAGGGAGAAGCGGCAGAAGGUGAAGGGGAACUUGACGCCGCUGACGGGCAGGAACUACAGGCAGCUGCUGGAGCGCCUGCAGGCGCGGCAGGGCCGGCUGGAGGAGCUUCGAGAUCAGGAUGUGGGCAAGGCCCAGGAGCUGGAGACCAAGAUGAAAUGGACCAACUUGCUGUACAAGGCUGAGGGUGUGAAGAUCCGCGACAAUGAGCACCUGCUGCAGGAGGCCCUGAAGCGCAAGGAGAAGCGCCGGGCACAGCGGCAGCGCCGCUGGGAGAAACGCUCAGAGCAUGUGGUGGAGAAGAUGCAGCAGCGACAGGACAAACGGCGCCAGAACUUGCGCAAAAAGAAGGCAGCUCGGGCCGAGCGGCGGCUGCAGAAAGCCCGCAAGAAGGGCCGGGUGCUGCCACAGGACCUGGAGCGCGCUGGCCUCUCCUGAGCUGCU